UACUACUAAUUUGACUUCUUUCCUCUGUUCGUUCUCAGAUCAGCCCGAUAUGUAAUAUAGUUACAUAUGGGAAGGAAUGGCCACUCAUUGAAGUCACCUGAGAAGCUAGCCUCCAGACAGCGGUGCUGCUGCUCACCUCAACCCACUAUAUGACAGUAGACUGGAUUGGAGCAGAGCAGACGGAAGAUCCAUUAAUGAAGAAACAUGACGACAUCACUGUCAACGACCAGAGCACUGUCUCCAAUGUUGUCACAAGAUCCCUUGUCUUUGACCCUCUGAAGAUGGCCCAUGGAGGUGGCUAUGUGUGCAGGGCUACACUGACGUUGCCUGGUUCAGCCGGUGUAUUCCAGAAUGUGGGCGAGUAUCAACUAAGCGUUUUGAACAUGACUUUUAUUCAACUAAAGUUUGGCCCAGUUCCCCAUUGCUCAAUGUGGUAUGAAGACAAGCACAUGUCAAGACAUCUGGAGCUGGAUGUCAAGCAGACACUAACCAAUCUCAUCAACAAGAAUUGCAGUUGUGACUUCAAAAUCUCCGAGAUUGAUCUGGGAGAGUUCAGCUGUCGCUCCAUUGAAAAGGGCUACGUUCUAUACAGGGCAAGGCUAACUGGAAGGAGUGAUACUCAGAACAUACCUUCACUGCUGGAGGUGAUCAAGGACUGGAUGGCCAAUGACGGGACAUUCCUGUACACCUAUCAUGGGAACAUGAGACUGGGACUGGACCAAGACUGUCCUCUGGAGAUUGCCUCCUUCUCCCAGCCAGAGUGCGGGAAGCAUAUUACUGAAUAUGUAGGAAUGCCAGGAGAACAAUAGACUUGUUGACUGUUAACAGUGCUAUAUUAUACCCGUGUGCCAAGUUUUGCAGUACUAGCUAAUUGUUGUCCAGUUGUAUUAGCUGCACUGGGCAGAAUAGGUUGUUAUGAAUGUGUGUAGUGUGAGA